AUGGAAGAUGGAAAUGUGUUGGAUUCAUCAAUUAUAAAGGAUUUAUCUAAUAAUAUAUACGAGAAGCGUAAAGCUACCUCAUUUCAAAUUGAAAGUUUAACUAAAUCUGCUCUAGCAAGAAAUGAUAGUCAAAUUAUAUUUAAGAUAAUUGCAGAGUUAACAGAAUUAACUAAUGAUGGUACAAAUUCAGCAAAGAUGGGUGCUAUAACUGCAUUAGGUAGUGUUUCGGUAGCUCUUGGGUCUUUUGCGAUAGCAUACUUUUUGGAGGAAAUUAUUAAACCUAUAUUUGCUACAUUCCGAGACACAGACGCUCGUGUUAGGUACUACGCCUGUGAAUCCCUAUAUAACAUAGCAAAAAUUGCAAGGGGAGAGAUUUUGCUAUAUUUCAAUGAAGUUUUUGAUAUUUUAUGUAUCUUGGUGACGGAUACUGAAUCAUCUGUCAAGAAUGCUGCAGAUAUUUUAGACAGAUUAAUUAAAGAUAUUGUAAGUGCAAAGUCAACGAAUUACGUUUCCAUUUUACAUCAGGACAAUACAAUAGAACUGGGACAAUCAAAUGAUAUUUCCUCGCAUAUUGUUGAUCCUACAGGGGUUGCUAUACAAGUUAACCAGGUUCAAGAUACACAUAAAGCCUUUUCUUUACCAAAGUUUAUUCCUACCUUAUUGGAAAGGAUGUAUACUAUCGAUCCAUUUGCAAAGAAGUUCUUGAUAAGCUGGCUAGAAUUAUUUGAUGAUAUUCCGGCAUUAGAAUUAAUUACAUUUCUUCCUAAUUUUUUAGAACCGUUAAUUAAAUUCUUGAUGAAUACAGCUCCUUCAGACGUUAGAAUUGAGACUCAGAAUAUUUUGAAUGUAUUUUUGAAAGAAAUUAAGACUAUAAACAAAGUAAAAAUAGAAGCCAAGAGACAAUCUUUGGAGAAAGAAAUCGCCAAAAAGAAAGCCAAUAAGCUGAAGUUUCUUAAGAAUAAACAGGACCAUACGGCUGAUUCCGUUGAAGCUGACGAUAAGAAUGGUACAGAGUCAUCUGGUACUCAGAAAGAAGUCGCUCAGGAGGAUACUCAAGAUGAGGGAAAGGAUGAAGUAGAUAUUACUGAUGAAUCUUCUAUCCAGUCAAAUAGUACUACUAUAAUUAGGCAACGCAUAGAUGAUGAGGAAUCUGAACAUCUACAAGAGCUGAGUGUGCUAUCAGAUUUGUCUGAUGGCCAAUUUCUAAGCGGCCAAGAUAUCUUUAUUGAUUAUUCGAAAAUCAUAGACAUCUUAUUAUCAUUUUUGAGAUUUCCAAUGUCGAAAAGUAAUAAUAAAAAUGAUUACAAAAUAAACGAUAUAAGCAAUGAAAAUCAUGAAAUUUAUUUGGAAGUUCAAUUCACAGUACUCAAAUGGCUACAAGAAAUUUUAUUGAUUUCUCCCACAAGUUUUGCUAAAUUUUUACCUGAUUGCGUUUCAAUAAAUAUGAAAAAUAUUUCUAUAGCAGAUGAUAAUAGUGAUUCUGAUUUAAGAAACCAAUUUUUAAAGUUUAACUUAUCUUUACAGAAUUUCUUAGUAAAUUUAAAUGAGACAGGGUCGAAGGAUGAAGUGAGAAAGAAAACAAAUAGAAAAGAUGAUAAGAAGGAGGAGAAGAGGAAACUGGAAUCUAAAGAGAUUACUGAUUAUAAGAAGAUAAAGGAUGAAAACACAGAUGUGGAGGAGUUUGAUUCUGAAGACGAAAUUAUUGAUGAAAAUGUCAUUAAUGGUUUAAACAAGGAUGUCUAUGACGAAUUCUUUGAGGUUUACUUAGGUCUUACUUUAAAAUCUAUUAUGACAGAAUGCUUAACAUGCGUGAAUGAGUUAUCCAGAAUUACACUGUUAGACUGGUUAAUUUUCUUGUACUCGUUAAAUCCUUCGAGUUUCUUUAAUCCUUCAUUUGAAGGUAGCGACGAUAAGGAUGACAAAAUUUUUGACAUGUCUGCAUUAUUGCACUCAUCCAUAGAUGCAAGCAAUGAAGUAGUUUUGAAAGUGUUACAACUAUUAUCCAAGAUAUCGGCAACUGACCAAGAAUUUUUCAAGAAUUUUAUAGUUGAAUUAAUGCAUUUCUUUGAGGAUGAGGUCCAAGAAUCUACAAAUUCUGACAAGCAAAACCAGAUACACGGCUCAACAGCAUCACCAUUGACGAGAUCAAAAAUUGAAUUUAUUAUUCGUAAACUAUGCGUAACAUUAACGUCUGAAAAAAUAUUCAAGACGUUAUCUGAAGUGAUUGUGUCACACGAAGAACAAAACUUAGAUUUUUUGAAUAUGAUGAUUGUAAUGUUGAAUAAUAUCCUUUUAACCACCCAAGAAUUGGCUGGGUUCCGUAAAAAAUUGAAAAAUAUUGACGUAUACAAGGUUGAUGAUUGGCUGCUUUUUGCCACUUUAUUCCAAAGUUGGUGCCAUAAUGCUCCGAGUGCAUUGUCAUUAUGUCUUUUAACUUCAAAUUACGAGUUGGCGUACUUAAUUAUCAAAAGCUUUUCAGAACUGGAAGUCAGUUUCCAACUUUUGACUCAACUUGAUAUUUUGGUCCAAUUAUUAGAGUCUCCUAUUUUCCUCAAGUUAAGAUUACAGUUACUCGAACCAGAAAAACACCCAUACUUAUACAAGACUCUCUAUGGAUUACUCAUGAUUCUUCCCCAGUCAUCUACAUUCACAACAUUGAAAAAACGUAUAUCACUAGUUUCAGGCGUCAAUUCUUUGAAUACCCCAUCAGGAUCGUCAGGCCCGAUCACCACUCCAGUAGCGACCCCCGGAGCCACUACUGCCAACACUUCCGUGGGAAAUCAACUUUCCAUCAAACGUAAACGCAUCCACGAAAUGCUAGACAAAUUUACAAAAGUACAAGAAAGCCACGAAGAGUUUGUGAUGAACAAGAAGUUGAGUGAAACUACUUUGACACUAAAUACUGAAAAGUCAACUAACAAGCCCUACUCCAAAUCAAAUGACCCUGACUCUUACCCAUCGAAUACUGAUAGGGUUUUAAGCCAUGACUCCACUACUUCCGAUAAAAAGGACUACUUUUCCCACUCCCAUUCCUUACAAGCAAGCUCUGGUCCUAAAAACCCUAAGAGGUCGUCCAGUAGAAGGUUUGGUCUUCAUAGGUUUUAG